AUACCACUAAGAACUUUCUUCAUCGUUAGAUCCACUAUUCAACAUGGCUUACAAGAAAGUGGGACCACCACCAAAGAACUUGCCACCAUUACCAAGAUUGAAAAUUAGAAAGCCAAUCUUGGCUAAGGGUACUAAUCAAUGUUUUGUAUUGAUGUCAUCAUUAUUGAACUGUUGGGCUUCAAAUGGUGAAGGAGCUGCACAAUGUGUUAGUUUUGAACAUGAUUUAAAGACAUGUAUGGAAGUUUAUAAGCCAGAAAAGGAUAAACUUAGUACUAUCAAUUACCAUGCCCAAAGAUUAUAUCCUAAAUUGAGAGGUAAGGUUAAUGAUUGAAAAAAUUUUAUACAUGACACAGCAUUUAAUUUCAUAGUAAUGAAGAACAAGACACUUCUGGUUAAGAUAAUAAUAUACCAUCAAAGACAUUUUUGUAAAUAAUACACGAAAUCCAAAUCCAAAAUCAAAUCCAAAAACCAAAUUCAAAAUCAACCAGAACCAAAUCAUAAUACAAAUGAUUGGUCCUUUUAUGUACAUAUAUAACGGUUAGUUUUUCUGCUAUUCAAUUCGGGGUUAUAACUUAUUUAGAACAUUUAAUACAAGUAAUACUUAAAAAAAUGA